CUGACAUUUCUUGGUGCCAAGUUUGUCUACACCUGUGGUAUGAUGGUUGCUGGGUCUACUUCCAUUCUGUUUGGGUUCCUGGACAAAGGGCCGUCGGGGACUAUAUUUGUGGUCAUGUCUUUCCUAGUUCGAACUGUCGAGGCUCUGGGAGUGUCCGCUUUUUCUACAGCCAGUUUUGCUAUAAUUUCUAAUGAGUUUCCUAACCACAUUGCUUCUGUCUUUGCCACUCUGGAGACCUGCAUCGGUAUAGGCCUCAUGGUCGGGCCAACUAUAGGUGGAGCUCUCUAUGAGGUUGGAGGAUUUGGUCUGCCAUUUUGGGUGGUUGGUGUCAUUAUUAUAAUCAAUGGGCUGGCCAUAUUUACCUGCUUGCCACCACCAAAAGAGUCAGGUACAAAACAGCAAGGAACUGUUUUCUCACUACUAAAGAGCUCCAUGGUUUGGGUGACCAUGAUGUGUAUAAUGGUGGGGUCAAGUGGGAUCGGGUUUCUGGAUCCCACAUUGUCAAAUCACCUGGAACAGUUUGGCCUCUCUACAAUACUCAUUGGCCUGUUCUUUGUGAUUGUACCUGGCAUAUAUGCUGUUACAGCCCCUUUGUGGGGCUACCUUAGUGAUACAAAGGAUAUCCAGUCUCCGCUGUUGAUUGGCGGCUCCCUUGUCUGUACACUUGGUUUUAUUUUCAUGGGACCUUCACCUCUGUUCCCAUUUCUGCCCAAACAACUAUCAAAUGUCACAAUGUUAUUGUGUCAUGUAGACAACUAUCAAGACAUGUGUACUGCUGCUGGGGAGCUGUGGACGGUGACGCUGGUGUUCUAUGGUUUCAGUAUCGGGUGUGCCAUUGUUCCCACCAUGAAGUGUCUGGUCAUCGGAGCCAGAGACAUCGGAUUACCUGACAGUUUGAACACAUUUGGUUUGGUAUCCGGGUUAUUCAACUCCACCUUCUGUCUAGGAGCAUUUAUAGGACCAACAAUAGGUGGCGCUUUGGUUGACCAGAUUGGAUUUUACUAUGGCUCAACUAUCAUUGCUAGCUUCUAUUUAGUAUCCAAAACUAACAUUUGUGGAAUGUAUCCUGUAAAAACAGCUGUUUUUAAAAAGAAUAAUGAAAAUAUCAUAUAG